AUGAGGAAGGCCGGUGGUUCUCACGGUGCGCGUUUCAUCGCGUACGCGUCCCUUCUUCUGCUCGUUGUUCUCGCGGUCGUCGAGGCGUCGGUAAUCGAUCGGCAGAAACGAGAAUUCGUCAUCCCGGACUGGAUCGAGAUCGUGGACGAACCUGUCCACGCGGAAAAUUCGAAGAUGAUUCAAAGAGCGGUUCGAGUGAGGGACGCGAAGGUAACUUACGAUGGGGCACAGGUCUGGAGGGUUCGAAGUUCCGAAGGACAGAAGGACCUGCUGUCGAACGUGACCACGGACUUUCAGGACACUGGAUUACCAUCGUUAUGGACGAGGAACGACACAACGGUGGACAUGAUGGUUCGAUUAGAGGAAAUUCCAAGAUUGUCUCGCUACUUGAAACAGAAAGAUCUAGAGUACCAGGUAGUGAUCGAGGAUUUGCAGAAGGCGAUAGACGAAGAGAAUCCAUCGCUUUCCGAGGAGGAGAUGGAGGAACUGGAAGGUCGCAAAGGUCAUCGAAUGGAAUGGAGCAGUUAUCAUCGACUCGAGGACAUCCACGGCUACCUCGAUUACCUCGCUGAGACUUUCCCCGACGUUUGCUCUGUGGUCAGCAUUGGUAAUUCUGUUGAGGGCAGACCUCUUAAGGUUAUAAGGAUCAGCAACGGAAAAGCGAACGCGCCAGCGUUGUGGAUCGACGGUGGGAUCCACGCCCGCGAAUGGAUAUCUCCGGCAGCGGUGACUUACAUAAUUAAUCACUUGGUUGAAAAUAGCGAGGACCUCGAGGCUGAUUACUAUAUUCUUCCGGUGGCGAAUCCUGAUGGGUACGAGUACACGUUCACGAGAGAUCGUUUGUGGAGAAAGAACAGGAAACGGUCUGUCGGUAGCAUGUGCAUCGGAGUCGAUCUCAACCGAAACUUUGGUUAUCGAUGGGGCGGCUUGGGAACUAGCAAGGACCCUUGCCGUGAAAUAUACGCUGGCUCGGGACCGUUCUCCGAACCGGAAACCAACGCCAUUCGAUACUUCUUCGAAGCUAGUGCUGCUAACUUUAAAGCGUACCUGACGUUUCACAGUUACGGCCAGUACAUAUUGUAUCCAUGGGGCUACGACAAACGCGUCCCGCCCGAUUACGCCGAUCUCGAAAUGAUCGGGAAGCAAGCGGCAGCGUCGAUAAGGAAAGCAGGGGGCGCCAACAGCGUUUACACGGUUGGAAACAGCGCUACCACCCUCUACGCAGCUUCCGGCGGCUCGGACGACUGGGCGAAAGCUAUUUUGAAAAUAAAGUACGCUUACACGAUAGAACUGAGAGACACUGGGAAGUACGGUUUCGUUUUGCCAGCUCGUUACAUAACAUCGACAGCUAAGGAAGCGUUGGCUGCGGUCAUGGUCGUCACGGAAGCUUGCAAAUCAUUGAUACAGUGGCCAGCGGUUAAGAUGGUCCUUUCGUUCAGGAUGGAACCACCGCACGCGUGGCUGAAUUUAACUAGGGGUGGCGUUCCAUAUUGGAUGGAAACUUGGUACGGGAAUUCACCUCGAGCGGCCGCGACACCAUCGGUGAUACGGGGGUGUAGGUUGCUGGUGGGGAUGGCCCAGCAAACUAUUGAUAACUCAUCAUUACCUCGUAAGCAGUUAAUAUUGAGCGUUUCAAUUGCCAAGAAAUUGUUGUACAUACGUUAUACGGAUACGAUAGAAAUAUCAAUUAACAAUCGAAAUCUUAGUUCGACCAAAUUACGCUCAAUGGACGUCAGCGCGAAUAAAGGACACGAACCUGUUGUAUAUUGGUUCGGUCCAGAAUUUAACGUCUUCAGGUUCAGAUUCCUUGAGCUCUUUCAGAUCGUUCACGUGUCCUUGCGAACUCGGAUACAAUCUGAUCAGCUGCUACAUCGAGGAUUCCUGCGGGAGGAGGCUGGACAAACCUGGGUGCAAUUCUGCCAUGCUUUGGGCGACUGGUUAGGGGAGCAAUUAGUGCUGCUAAUGUUAACAAUGUUGCUCCUCGCAGUUGUCGCAAUUGCUGCGUUGAUGCUCGCGUGA